AUGAAAUGCUCGCAGUGUCAGGUCGACAAGUUGUCAAAUGAAUUUCCAUCGUCUCCUGUGACUGAGCGUUGUACCCACUGUCUGGUCCAAUUACUAGACAAUCAGAAUGAAAACGAGUAUCAAUGUCCGCAAUGUAGCGCGGCGCUUAACAACGAAGAAGCUGUGAGAUGGAAGCAACGUUUGGAUAAGGCUCCGUUCAAGUUGAAUGUCGAUAAACUUGGUCGUCGGCACCUUGCAAACAUUGAAAAUGUCGGCAAUAAUGAGGAGAUUGUUCCAAGCGGGAAUAUAUAUGUGGUCUUACUAAACGGAGAAAAGAUUGUAAUCAAUUACGAGGAAGUGACUACUGUAGUGAAGUUACGACAAGCGAUUCGUGACAAAAAGAAAAUAGAAAUCACUAAGCAAAAAUUGGUGUACAACGGUGAAGAGCUCAAGGAUAAUACCGAUAAUGAACCCAAAAGACUUGCUGAAUAUGGCAUUAGAGCCAAUAGUCACAUACAAUUGAUGGUUAUUCUUUACGAAAUUUCGGAAAAAGAAACUAUUAAGGACCUGAUCUUUGAUUUAGAUUGGGGAUUCCCGGACGACCAUACAGUCGACUACCUCGAUGGGACUUGUUUCUUGUACACUGGUAAUAAAUUCUGGCGCCAAUACGAUUACCGAUCCACGUAUUACCCAACUCUUGCAAAUACCCGACAUUCCGGUGACGUACUUGACCGUACGAACAGAAGAGGACACCAUCAGAUAACGUCCAAACUGUACGAAUUACCCGAAAACGUGACGCACUUGUAUUUUAUCCUUAGUGCAUGGAACUCACCAUCCAUUGGAUGCUACAAGACUCCACGGUUCAGUCUAAUAGAUAAAGAACAUCCCGAUAAGAACUUGUGCAGAUAUGAGCUCAACAAUGUCAAACACUCAAAGGCCGUCAUCAUGUGUAGUGUUGCGCGUACGGGGAAUACGUGGAGGGUAUACAUUGUUGGCACGGAGUCUGCAGGUAAUGCGAAAGAUUACAGGCCGAUUGAGCAGAAGAUUCAGACCAUGGAAGGGUUGUUUUAG